GGCGGUGAAUAUAAAUAGCAUUAUCGUUGACGCUGGUACAUCAAAAAUCAACAAAACGAUAACUGAGAAAUCUUACCGCUAUGCUGAAAUCAUCUUUUACAAUCGUCGUAUGUUUUCUGCACGCGUUCUCCAUCUCAGAUGCGAACGCAUUUCUUACACGGCGCCGGAGUGUGCUGGGGGACAUUGAGGGGGCGAUCGAAGGGGAAAAUGUAUUCGACUGUGUGUCAGGAGUAAUCACUGCUCUGACUGAGAGUGACUCAUACAAAAGCUUCACAGGUGACAGUUACUGUGAUAGUGCCGUUUACGGGAUAGUCGUGGCUGGUAUGGAGAUGGCAGCCGAGUCGGACGGCAGUGCACUCGAAUCAACUGAAUGUGCCACCACAAUGGGGAUAUGCUGUGCUGCAGACGCCGGGGAUGACGUUUUGACCACUCAAGUCUGUCAGAUGUUGUUGAGUGUUUAGUUCCAUUCCGAGCAGGCGUGAGUUUGUGAGCAUGGUUGAAAGACAUAUCGACAAUAUAGUAUUAGGAACUUUUUUUAGAUUGACAAUGAAAUAGUAAAUACCAAUAUUAU